AUGGCUGUUGCAAGUCAAUAUAGCGAUCCCAUCCGGAUCGCAGUCAUUGGCGGUACAGGGCUCGGCUCACUCGCAGGAUUCACUCAUGUCGCCACCAUCGACGUCAAGACGCCCUGGGGCUCUCCCUCGGCGCCCAUCAACGUUCUCCAUCACCCUUCGCCCACCACCGGCAAAGCAACGCCCAUAGCUUUCCUCUCCCGCCAUGGCACGCACCAUCAAAUCGCGCCGCACGAAGUGCCCAACCGCGCCAACAUCGCCGCACUGCGCAGCCUCGGCGUGCGGACCAUCAUCGCCUUCAGCGCCGUAGGCAGUUUGCAGGAGGAGAUCAAGCCGCGGGAUUUCGUUGUGCCCGACCAAAUCAUCGAUCGCACCAAAGGCGUGCGCCCCUUCACCUUCUUCGAGGGCGGCAUGGUGGGCCACGUGGGCUUCGGGGAUCCCUUUGACGAGGAAGUGGCCAAGGUGGUGCGCAAGUGCGGGCAGUCGCUCGAGGGCGACGGCGUGCGCUUGCACGAGCGCGGCGUGGUGGUGUGCAUGGAGGGCCCGCAGUUCAGCACGCGCGCCGAGUCGAAUCUGUACCGCUCGUGGGGCGGCAGCGUGAUUAACAUGUCUGCACUGCCGGAGGCGAAGCUGGCCAAAGAAGCGGAGGUUGCGUAUCAGAUGAUUUGCAUGUCCACGGACUACGAUUGCUGGCAUCAGGACGGCAACGACGUGACGGUGGAGAUGGUCAUGGGCAACAUGAAGGCGAAUGCGGAGAAUGCGAAACGCUUCGUUGCUGCGGUGCUGGACGAGCUGAGCAAGGAGGAGUAUGCCGAGCUCGUGCUGGCGAAGCAUCUAGAGGGCCAGAUGAAAUUUGCUGGCGCGGUCACUGCACCCGCUGGACGUGGUGAGGAGGCCAAGCGCAAGCUGCAAUGGCUGUACCCGGGCUACUUUGAGUGA